AUGCCUGUACUCGCCCUUGAUCCUGAAGUAAAAGGGCAAAAAGACGGAGUCAUGUUUGGAAAUUUUAUCCAUCUCAAAGGAUACAGACUUAAGGGGAAUCCUUUGAAGACGAAGAAAUUGUUGAGCUAUUUUGACUGUCUGGUUGAGUGCAUUGCCGAUAUCCGGUGCAUGUCUGCCAAUGUGAAUAUGACUGCAGAUAACAAUGGGCGUUUUGACUGCGAACAUUUGGAUUUUGAUAAAUACGAAUAUGGCCAAAAUUUGACUAAAGUUUUGAAAGUGAAUCAUUACGCCUUGCCGAAUCUUUUUAAUAUUGAUUUACUUCCCAUAAUUCUCUUACUGUACCCAAGUUUGCCAUCAGACUGUGCGGCCAUCACCAGCCAAAACAAGCAGUACUCAAAUGGAAUCUACCGCAUCAAACCCAGUCCCCCACCGUCCUUCUAUGUCUAUUGCGACAUUGUAACGACUAACGGAGGAUGGACCAUCAUACAAAGACGGCUUGACGGCUCAGUUGAUUUUAACCGUGGAUGGGCCGACUACAAGCGGGGAUUUGGUGACAAAAACGGUGAAUAUUGGCUGGGACUAGAUCGUAUCCACGCUAUGACGUCAUUAGGCAAACUCCGGCUGCGCGUUGACUUGGAAGACUUCGAGGGAAACACGCGAUACGCGGAGUACGACUCAUUCAGUGUGGCUGAUGAAGCUAACAAGUAUCGCGUUUCAAUUGACAACUACACAGGAAAUGUUGCUGACUCUCUCACCAAUCCCAAGAACUCCAUAAAUGGUAUGGCUUUCUCCACAAAGGAUCGUGACAACGACAGAAGUUUAUAUAAUCAUUGCGCUUCAUUGUACACAGGUGGCUGGUGGUUUAAUGCUUGCCAUGAUAGUAAUUUAAAUGGUCUUUACUUACGUGGAAAAAAUAGUCAGUUUGCUAAGGGUGUCGUUUGGUCUGACUGGAAAGGUCAUUCUUAUUCUCUGAAGAGAUCUGAGAUGAAAAUUAAACCAAAAGUUUAAGCUUGACCUUAAUUCUAUGCAAUGCACAUAACAAAAACAGUCAUCAAGUUUAUAGCAGACAUAAAAAGCCAGGCUGUUUUUUAU